AUGUCAGACAAAGCGAAACAAGAUGCAUUCUCGACACAAAAUGAAAAGCAGCCCAUGGACCACCGAUCUCCACGUCAAUAUUCAAUAGUUACACAAUCGAACAAGUACAGAUACGUGGACGCCAGCGCAAUAACGCCUGAUUCGACACGUGAACUCAUGUUGUACACGUCAGAGCAAGACAAGUACGAGAUCGCCGCCGAAUGCAUGAUUUACGUGUACAACUUAUGGACAAAACAUCCAGCCUACUAA